CAGGAAAUAUUCCUUUUUUGUCCCUAAAUAAAUAAAUAAAAUAAAAUCCGAAAAAUCAUUUUGGGAAAACCGAAACAGCAUUAAAAAAAAAAAAAAAAAAAAGCUUUAAAAGGAGAAAGGCGGAGCGCUACGAGAUCUCGAUCUCUCCGGCGGAGUUACCGAUCGUCUCCGGCGAGAUCUCGAGCACUAUUUUCAAUUGGAUCCUUAUAGAUCUCUGAAAUAUCUAAUGGCUCCGGUUUCAGCUCUCGCAAAGUACAAGCUCGUCUUCCUUGGAGACCAGUCCGUCGGUAAAACCAGCAUCAUCACUCGCUUCAUGUACGAUAAGUUCGAUAAUACCUAUCAGGCUACCAUUGGUAUCGAUUUUCUCUCGAAGACAAUGUACCUUGAAGAUCGUACUGUUCGAUUACAGCUCUGGGACACUGCUGGACAGGAGAGGUUCCGGAGUCUUAUUCCAAGCUAUAUCAGGGAUUCCUCUGUGGCUGUCAUUGUGUAUGAUGUUGCAAGCAGGCAGUCAUUUCUAAAUACUUCCAAGUGGAUUGAAGAGGUUCGCACUGAGCGGGAAAGUGAUGUCAUCAUUGUACUUGUUGGAAACAAAACGGAUCUUGUUGAGAAAAGGCAAGUUUCAAUAGAGGAAGCAGAAUCCAAAGCUCGUGAGCUCAAUGUUAUGUUUAUUGAAACUAGUGCUAAGGCUGGCUUCAAUAUCAAGGCUCUAUUUCGGAAGAUUGCUGCAGCAUUACCAGGGAUGGAAACACUUUCCUCAACAAAGCAAGAAGACAUGGUUGAUGUCAAUCUAAAGUCUUCGAACGCAAACUCAUCACAGACACAACCACAGUCAGGCGGCUGUGCUUGUUAGUUAUCGGAUGGAUUUAAGCUUUCAUCUCCUUACUCUUCCAUUUUCAUACAUGCUUCUAUGAUCCUAGUCUGUAAAGUUUUCGUAUCCUGAUCCCGCCAUUUUGUAGCUAUGGAUUUUUUGUGUUGGCUUUAUUAUUUUUAAUGGUCUAGGCCUUGUUUUGGCUAAAGCUUGUAAAAAUUGCAAGGGAUUUCAGAUAAAGUAAUUACAUGAAUACACUUUUAGAGAA